AUGGCGUAUCUGCUGCAAGGCCGGCUGCCCAUCAAUCAAGAUCUGCUGCUGAUGCAGAAAGGCACACUAAUGCGCAAGGUGAGGUCCAAAAGCUGGAAGAAGCUAAGAUUCUUCAGACUUCAGGACGAUGGCAUGACAGUCUGGCAUGCCCGGCAGGCCGGAGGCAGGGCCAAGCCCAGCUUCUCAAUCUCCGACGUGGACACAGUACGUGAGGGCCACGAGUCUGAGUUGCUGCGCAACCUGGCAGAGGAGUUCCCCCUGGAGCAGGGCUUCACCAUCGUCUUCCAUGGCCGCCGCUCCAACCUGGACCUGGUGGCCAACAGUGUCCAGGAAGCCCAGACCUGGAUGCAGGGGCUCCAGCUGUUGGUGAGCUUUGUCACCAACAUGGACCAACAGGAGAGGCUGGACCAACCUGGAUGGCUGAGUGAUUGGUUCCAGCGUGGAGACAAAAACCAGGAUGGUCGGAUGAGUUUCGGAGAGGUCCAACGGUUAUUGCGCCUGAUGAAUGUGGAAAUGGACCAAGAAUAUGCCUUUCAGCUUUUCCAGACAGCAGACACAUCCCAGUCUGGGACUCUGGAGGGAGAAGAAUUUGUAGAGUUCUAUAAGUCAUUGACUCAGCGUCCAGAGGUGCAGGAACUGUUUGAAAAGUUUUCAUCUGAUGGGCAGAAACUGACCCUGCUGGAAUUUGUGGAUUUCCUCCAAGAGGAGCAGAAGGAAGGAGAACAGGCUUCUGACCUUGCUCUGGAACUCAUUGACCGCUAUGAGCCUUCAGAAAGUGGCAAACUGCGGCAUGUGCUGAGCAUGGACGGCUUCCUGGGCUACCUCUGCUCGAAGGAUGGAGCCAUCUUCAAUCCGACCUGCUACCCCCUUUACCAGGACAUGACUCAACCCCUGAACCAGUACUACAUCAACUCCUCCCACAACACCUACCUGGUGGGGGACCAGCUUUGUGGCCAGAGCAGCGUGGAGGGAUACAUACGGGCCCUGAAGCGGGGGUGCCGCUGUGUGGAGGUGGAUAUAUGGGAUGGACCAAGCGGGGAACCUAUUGUUUACCACGGACACACCCUGACCUCCCGCAUCCCAUUCAAAGAUGUUGUGGCCGCUAUAGGACAGUAUGCCUUCCAGACAUCAGACUAUCCAGUCAUCUUGUCGCUGGAGAACCACUGCAGCCGGGAGCAGCAGGAGAUCAUAGUGCACCAUCUGACGGAGAUCCUGGGGGAUCAGCUACUGACAACAGCCUUGGAUGGGCAGCUUCUCACUCAGCUGCCCUCCCCUGAGGACCUUCGGAGGAAGAUCCUUGUGAAGGGGAAGAAGCUAACGGCUGAGGAAGAGGAGGAAGAGCCAGAGGCUGACCUGGAGGCAGGGCAGGAGGCUGAGCUGGACUUGGAGGCCCAGCUGGAGUCUGAGCCCCAGGAGCUGAGCCCUCGCGGUGAGGACAAAAAGAAGAAACCCAAGGCCAUCUUGUGUCCAGCCCUCUCUGCCCUGGUUGUCUACUUGAAGGCUGUCACAUUCUACAGCUUCACUCACUCGAGGGAGCACUACCACUUCUAUGAAACAUCAUCUUUCUCUGAAACCAAGGCCAAGAGUCUUAUCAAGGAAGCUGGCGAUGAGUUUGUGCAGCACAAUACCUGGCAGUUAAGCAGAGUAUAUCCCAGUGGCCUGAGGACGGAUUCAUCCAACUACAACCCCCAGGAAUUCUGGAAUGCAGGCUGCCAGAUGGUGGCUAUGAACAUGCAGACAGCCGGGCUGGAGAUGGACCUGUGUGAUGGGCUCUUCCGCCAGAACGCUGGCUGUGGCUAUGUGUUGAAGCCAGACUUCCUGCGUGAUGCCCAGAGUUCCUUCCACCCUGAGAGGCCCAUCAGCCCUUUCAAAGCCCAGACCCUCAUAAUUCAGGUAAUCAGUGGUCAGCAACUCCCCAAAGUGGACAACACCAAAGAACAGUCCAUUGUGGACCCCCUGGUAAGAGUGGAGAUCUUUGGCGUCCGCCCGGACACAACCCGGCAAGAGACCAGCUACGUGGAGAACAAUGGUUUUAAUCCAUACUGGGGGCAGACACUGUGCUUCCGGGUCCUGGUACCUGAACUGGCCCUGCUGCGUUUUGUGGUGAAAGACUAUGACUGGAAAUCCCGAAACGACUUCAUUGGUCAGUACACCCUGCCGUGGAGCUGCAUGCAACAAGGUUACCGCCACAUACACCUGCUCUCCAAGGACGGCCUCAGCCUUCACCCAGCUUCUAUCUUCGUGCACAUCUGCACACAGGAAGUGCUAGAGGAGGCUGAAUCUUAA